AUGGAUCAACAUCAAAAAGACGACUUUGAACAAACCCCAAAAAAGAAACAAAAGACAACCCACGAAGUAAAAAUCGAAAAAAUCAACGCAACAUCAUCAGAUAAGUCGUUACCCUUAAUUGGGUAUUUUCCAUCUGGGUAUGACCCGGAUAAAAGUAGUAAAAAGAAACAACACAGUGUUAAGCUUUUGAGACAUGUGAAACGUAGUACGGAGAAUAGGUAGUUAGUUGUAAGUCCAUCUUCUAAUGUUUCUUCACAGGUUCAGUUUGUCGGUACCAAUUAUUCUGGUGAAGCCGCGGCACCCCAGGUGUGUUGUUAUGCACUUGGAAUACUUGAUAAGGACACAAAUACUUUGAAGAUUGUUCAGAUUGAAGCUAAUAAGAUAUUUAGAUUGGAACCAAAGUUUGGGAAUGAAGACGAAGCUGCAGAUGAAACUUAUAAAGCGGUGAACGAUGAAGUGACAAUAGAAGAUAAUCAAGCAAACUUUAACUUCUCAACUAGAAAGGCUCAAAAAAUGGCCAAGAAGGAAAUAGAUAUACGUUCAUAUGGUUAUCCCGUAACCCAGAAUGAUUUGAAUGAUGCAAUGGUCAACACAGAAGCUCUAAAACCUGGUGUAACUACUAGUAUUGCUCGUAAUAUUCCACCUUAUGAUAUAUCAGCAACUUCACCUCAGCAGGCUUAUCCACUAGAAAAGAUUAUCUUCAAGGGAGAGUGGAGAUAUCUUCGUGAUAUCGCUGAGCUUUUACAAAAAGGGAAAGCUAUAACAUCCCACACUUACCCUCGGUUUGUUUGUAAUAGAAUCCAUAAGAUCGAGGUGGUCAAGGACGAGAAGAUGAAAGAGAACCUUGCUUGCAUAUUCUCGUACAUUAAUCAUCUUAUCAAAUUCAAGGACAAGCAUUCCAUGGACGGGUUUUCGUCUGCAAAACAUUAUAAAUUACCAAACAUACUGAGUCAGAAGUUCAAUGACAUGUUUGGCAACACGGAAUCAAAAAGGCUUGCUGAUGAUAAGAGAGAUCUUCUUAUUAGCUAUGUUUUGGUGCUUACUCUCUUCGCUGACGACUUUAGAACAGAAUUUACAGACAUAGCUAAGGAUCUGAGAAUGUCCACCGGUGCAUUAAGGACUCAGUUCCAAUUUCUGGGCUGCAAGCUUAUCAGAGAACACAAUCUAACAUUGGCCACACUUCCUGCUCCUUUAAAAGUCCCUGAAGUCACGAUGAGGCGCCGCAGAUAAAUAUGAUGCUCAAGUUUUGUUGCUAACUGAAAACAGCAAAAAAGAUGUUUACUUAGGUUAGGCUUGUAUUUAUGAACAAUUUUAUGCAUCAGUAGAUUUUUAGUACAGGUCAAAAGGGGUGAGCUUGUGUUUAGAUGCACCUGCAAAUAUUUAGUUUGGGUUUUACUGAAUUCUAUCCAUAUAUGCUUUAACGAUAGUAUUUUCAUUUUUCU